AUGAAGGAUUAUGAGGAAGCCAUUGAGUUUUUAGGGGUGUGGGGUCCUUUUCAAAGACUUACAUUCAUUGUCUUGAGUCUAAAUGUCAUUCCCAAUGGAUACUUGCCCUUAUCGAUGGUCUUCCUGGGAGACAUUUCUCCUCAUCACUGCAGGGUCCCAUUCCUGAACAGCAGCUAUGGAGGACUGGGCUACAAUCUGUCCAUCCCGACUGAGGAGCUGAAAGGAGAGAUCAUCCUGAGUCGCUGCAGACGCUACACUGAAAAGAAAGACUCUUACUCUGCCUACAGCAAUGACACAGAGGGCUGUGUGGAUGGCUGGGUGUUCAGCAAGGAGAGAUAUGUGUCUACUAUUGUCACUGAGUGGAAUCUGGUGUGUGAUGAUGCAUGGAAGGCACCCUUUCCAGCCACAGCAUUCUUUUUUGGAGAGCUGGUUUCAUCUUUUGUUUCAGGGAUUUUGUCAGACAGGUAUGGAAGGAAGAUCACUUUCUUCUCUGCAAAGGUCCUGCAGAUUCUCCUAGGCUUUCUUCUGGCAGUCUCUACCAGCUGGGAAAUGUUCUGUGUGCUUUACUUUGCUCUAGGAGUAGCGAGCUCCUCCCUUUACUGCACUGGCUUUGUACUUGGCGCUGAGAUACUCAUUAAAUCAGCUCGUGAGACAUUUGGAAGCAUGGGAUUCGCUCUGUUCUUUGGUAUUGGGUACGCCAUCAUGCCAGUCCUAUCAUACUUCAAUAGAGAUUGGAGGACACUUCAGAUUGUACUGUCUGUUGUUGUGGUGUUUAUAUUCACCCCACUCUUUUGGUACAUCCCAGAGUCCCCCCGCUGGCUCAUCACCCAGGGACGGUUAAAUGAAGCAGAGGCCAUCAUUCGAGCUGCUGCCAAGAGGAACGGCAUCACUUCCCCAGAGAAAAUCUUCCAGCUGGAGCACAUUGCAGACACUAAGGAAAGUGAAAACGAAUCCAAUAAUCAGAAGAAGUACACUUGGCUGGAUCUCAUAAAAACAGCAAAUGUGAGGAACAUCACAGUAUUAAACAUCAUUAUCUGGCUGGCCAUAUCCGUGGGAUUUUAUGGCCUGUCCCUUAACUUCUCCAAUAUGGACGGGGAUCUGUAUAGAAACAACCUCUUGUCUGCCUCUAUGGAUAUCCUUGGAAAUGUCUUUGUGUGGUUUGCCAUACAUUACGCUCCACAUCGGGUUGUUCUGCCAUUCUCUCUUCUUGUUGAAGGGGCCUUGCUGCUGCUCAUCCUAUUUGUACCACAAGAGCUCAGUGGAGUGACCAUCACAUUGGCUUUGAUAGGAAGACUGGUUGUGGCAGGGGCCUUUGCAUUUGCUUUCGUCUAUGCCACGGAACUCUUCCCCACUGUGAUACGCAAUAUGGGAUUGAGUGCUGCCUCCGCAGCUGCCAGAAUUGGAAGUGCUGUCUCACCAUAUGUAGCACAUACUAGCACAUAUAACAAGACACUACCUUUUAUUCUGAUGGGCACACUCUCUAUAUUCUCUGGUGGUCUGAGCCUUUUGCUACCAGAGACAAAAGAUGAAAAACUCCCAGAGCUUAUCAGCCAAGUCAAACCACUCCAGUGUUGUUGCCUCAAGAUAAGGUUUGAUGAGAGAAACAUAGAGGAUGGACAUGUGGACACGGCAACACAAACAACAGGAAGAGAGGCUGACGUCAAAAUUUGAGAAGACACUUUAGCACAUGAAAUAAAAAAUAGACUGCUCCUGCGGUUGUGAAGCUUUACAUUA